UCCGUCUAUGUUGGUAAUCCUUUGUCUUCUUUUACUCGCUAUCCCUACGGAAAGUUAUCCAAAAUCUCGCCCCCUUAUUAAGAAAAUUGCAAAACCAGUCGCAAAAUCAACACUUCCUAUAUUAAGUACCACAGCCCUAUACCUUGGUUUAGAUUCAUUGGUUCGUUACAUUUCCGAGGAACCCGAACUGUCGGCUAUAUUUGUCUCUAUUUUUGGAACCACGUUAAUUAUAGCCAUACUCCUUAUUGUUAAAUUUAUUUUAAAGAUUUAUCGUGCUUUCCACCCCACCACCUCACCAAUUCCACCAACAGAAUUAACCCAAUUUCAAAAUACUUUAGACGAAAUUGUACAACGUACUGUCCCCCCAAUUCGAAAUUAGCGUUUUUUAAAGUAUAUUUUUAGAUGCCCGUAAAAUCCAACCCUAAUAAGAAAGUUCGCCCCCCAUUGAUUAUUAUGCUUUCACAUUUAAAGAUAAAUCCAAAAGUCCCAAUAGUAAUGUCCCAUAAUCAAGAAAUUGCACCCCCCGCCACUAUUGAGUCCUCUCUCCCAACCACUAACGACAAUAAUGCAACAAUUAAUUUAAAUUCUGCACCACCUCCACCUAUUUCUGUUCAACAACCUUCACCAGUUAAAUAUAAUUCUACAAUUAACUUAAAUCCUCCACCACCUCCCCCAACAUCAUCAGAUAAAAAUGAUACAACAAUGGAAAUCUUGGAAAUUGGCACUGCUGCACGUCCUUCACAGGUUAUAACCAAUAAACCAUACAAACCUAAAUUUCCCCCUUUUAAAAAUAUGUAUUACAAUUCAACAUUGGCACAGAAUCGAUUCCGUCAACGCCCCAGCAUUCAUUCACGUGUC